UGUCUGAUGGCCUCCGAGUGCAGCAGGUCAGAGAGCUGUUCCUCUGUGCCUGACUCCGAGUUGCAGCUGAACACCGACACCAGCAUGUGGGAGGAAAACUUUGACACUGAGAAUCAUGGAGUGGGCAGAAAAAGAGAUUAUUCCCCAGUGUCAUGGAGCGAAUACUUUGAGAUGAUGGACGACGUAGUGGUGGGCUCGGCAGAAAGCAAGGACGUGUUCCGUGUGUAUAAGAGUGGACAGGACGGUCCACUGCUGGUGCUGCUGCAUGGAGGAGGACAUUCAGCCCUGUCCUGGGCUGUCUUUACUGCGGCCAUGACAAGUAGGGUCACCUGUCGGGUUCUGGCCAUGGAUCUACGAGGACAUGGUGCUACUCAAGUCCGGCAUGCUGAUGACCUCUCCACCCAGACCAUGUCCAGAGAUGUAGCCAAUGUGGUGCGAGCCACAUAUGGGGAAGUCCCCCCCCCUAUCAUUCUGGUUGGUCACAGUAUGGGUGGAGCCAUAGCUGUGCAUGCAGCCAGUGGAAGUCUGCUGCCCUCGGUGGUCGGCCUGGUUGUUAUCGACGUUGUAGAGGGGAGCGCCAUGGACGUGCUUCACAGCAUGCAGAACUUCCUGAAAGGACGACCCCGGUCCUUCAAAUCCAUUGAUCACGCCAUCGAGUGGAGUGUUAAAAGCGGGCAGAUCAGAAACCUGGAAUCAGCCAAAGUAUCAAUGGUGGGCCAAGUGAGGAGGUGUGAGGUUGAGGACGGAGACUCGGCUGAGCAGGUGAGCCCAGUGACAGAGAGUGUUGCUGAGGGUCAUGAGGAGUUUUAUGACCUGAACUAUGUCACUGACAAAGCAGAGAGCACGGCAUCAGAGCCCUCCAGCGUAUACAGUUGGAGGAUUGACUUGUCUAAAGCAGAAAAGUACUGGGAUGGCUGGUUCAGAGGAAUCUCCAACCUGUUCUUGGGCUGUAACGUGCCGAAACUGCUGUUGCUCGCAGGUAUCGAUCGAUUGGACAGAGACUUAACCAUCGGCCAAAUGCAAGGUAAAUUCAUGAUGCAGGUGCUGCCCCCUUGUGGUCAUGCCGUGCACGAGGACACACCAGAUAAGGUGGCUGAUGCUCUCGCUAGCUUCAUGACCAGACACAAGUUUGCUGAAGCUCGCAGUGAAACCAAGAGCUCCUCAUAUCCCUUCAUGCGGUGAACUCCAGCAGUGCCUUCCUGCCAGUAGGUGUUUUCUCCACGGUGUCCUAUCGAGGCAGAAAACCUCACCCCCAGUCCUUUUCAUCAACAUUAUGAUCAUGACUUUACAUUGUUUUUCUACAUGCCAGUCUUUACUGCUGCUGCGUCACCCCCGCCAAGAUGUUAUCUUUUUCUUCUUGUGUGUUUGAUGUAUGUAAAGGCAGUGUAGUGAAUCCGUAUCAAUACCUAAAUAACUGUGAUGGUAUUUCAGUGGGAAUGAAAAGCUUUACUGAAAACUCACAAAAUUUAUUCAUAUUCAAUUCACAGUCUAACCCACGUGCAAAAUAUUCACCAGAAAAGAGCAGAAACUGUGUGAUUUGUUCAAGGAUAUUCUCCAAAGAGGGUGCGCGUGUGUGUGUGUGUCAUCAAAUGAAAUUAAACUUCAAAUCAGUUAAAGUGCACAAAACUAGAGAAUAAAGAGGAAAAAAAGGAGAAUCUGUUUGACAAAAUGUUUCUAUUUACAAUAUACAAUAAAAUCAUCG